CGUCUCUCUCUCUCUCUAGCACUUUCUUUCUUCUUCUUCCCCUAGCUUUCGUCUCUCUCACUUACUCGCAGGGUUCUUUGGAAUCUUCUGAACGAUGCCGAGGUAUUACUGUGACUACUGCGAUACCUAUCUCACUCACGAUUCCCCAUCAGUGAGGAAGCAGCACAAUGCUGGUUACAAACACAAGGCGAAUGUGAGAAUAUACUAUCAGCAAUUCGAGGAACAACAAACCCAAAGUUUGAUUGAUCAGAGAAUUAAGGAACAUCUUGGCCAGACUGGAGGGUUUCCACAGGUUGGUGCUGUGUUUAAUCAGCAUAUGCUCGCUAGACCUCGCCCUCCAAUGAUGCUACCUCCUGGAAGUAUGCCUAUGGGUAUGCGACCUCCUGUUCUGCCUAGACCGAUGAUGCCUGGUAUGCCUGGUCAAGGUUACAUGCCGCCUCCAGGAGUACCACAGAUGAUGGCACCGCCUGGUGCUCCUCUACCUCCACCUCCACAAAAUGGUAUUCUGAGGCCACCAGGAAUGGCUCCCUUACCAGGUCAAGGUGGCGGACCUCCUCCUAAUUACAAUGGACCACCACCUCCUCCUCCUCCUUAUCAUCCAAAUCCAGCUGCUGCACCAAGUGGUAGCUUCAACAAUCCAAACCCUGGUGCUGAAUCUCCUGAAAGCAAUGAGUAGAGUUAGGUCGAUGAGUCAUUUUUCUCCUGCCAAAAAUUCUCAGAACUCUUGUUUGACAAAGUAUCUUACCUUUUCUAAUCCAAUUUAUGUGAAGAGCUUUAGAAUUAAUGUAUGUGAAAUGUUUCAUUGGUCGA